AUGGCAAUGAGCAUGGCGCAUGGGGUGCUUGCAGAUGGCAUGGGACGGCGACAUUCUUAUAAUAAUAUGGAAGAAUCGACAGAAUUUGAAGAACUAAAUGCAGACGAUGCUGCUGAAGAAAGCGGUGAUGGCAUGGGGGCAGAAGAUAACACACCGCGAGCUGGCGAUUCGCUGGAAUCCUCGGAGGAACCAUCUGCCCGGCAGUUUCGCGCCACUGCUGGUUUGUAG